AUGUUCGAUAGCAACAUACUUUUGAAUUUUUACAAUGAGAUUGCGAAUAGAAGUGCACUACAGUUGGCAAGUGCUGGAAUGAUGGGCGAGGGCCUGCUGACACUCACGUACGGCAAGCACCACGCCUGCAUCCUGAACGAGGUAGGAGCGGCGUGGCGCGGAGCUCGUUACUCCGACCUGGUACUGGUGUGUGACGACGCUGUACCACUUGCCGCACACCGCAUCGUCAUGGCGGCAGCUAGCCCGUUAAUAAGAAAAAUCCUCGAUGAUACCCCGUCGAUUGAGAACCCAGUCACAAUUCACAUGUCUGGCAUUAGCAGCACUCUCAUGCGACAUCUCUUGGUUUUCUUAUACAGUGGCCAAGCAUACAUAGAGUCUGGUGAAAUAGAUGACAUGCAAGAACUGUUUGAGCUGCUAGAAAUAAAGUCAGACGUGUGGAAAUCAACUAAAGAAAGACAACAAGCAGAAGAAAGAAACAGAUCUUGCGAGAGGCUCAAAGGAAAAAACCUUAAAACGGACAUCAACAGCAACGAAAGUAGUAAACAUGACGCACCAUCAGGAUCCUCCCACUCAGAAAGUGAAAGAGUUACACCAGGGGCAGGCUAUAGUAAAGAUAAAGAUAGAGGAGAUUCUGAGGCUCUUAGUAUAAAGAAGGAAAAUAUGUCAACGAGUAGCAAUGACGAACGGGAAGACGAUGACCAUGAUGGUGAUAAGGGUGAUAAAGAAUGUGGAAGAGUAUCCUCGCGUCGUAGAAGUUCAUCAAAUCCGGUCAAUUUAUCUUUAGCCAGAAAUUCGGAAAACACAAAUAGUGAACACGACGACUCACAAGACUUGGAUGUGGAAACAGUUGGAAUAAAGAAUAUUGGGCGGAGACGGUCAACAUCUUCAAGUCAAGACGAUCAACCACAAGAAAACGUAUAUAGAAGACAGUUGCUGAGUGACAGAUUAGGAAGAGGCAUUGAGAGAGCAAAACGAAAAUCACAUUAUUUAGAGCCUUCCGAACUGGACCUGAGAACAGUAAAAUUAGAAGAUUAUGCACACUUGAAAUCAACAGAAAACGAAUUAAUGGCCCUCGUUCAAACUUCUCCUGAGAACUACGUUGUCACACCUCACCGGAAAAGAAGACCUGGUUUUCAUAACUCACCUUCACAGAAUCCUCCCUUUGUCUCGUUUGCACCAAGCUAUCUUGAUGAAAUGGCCCAAUUACGUUACGCACAAGGUCAAGGGGUAGCGGCAGGAGUAGCUCGACUUGGAGGCUUACAUUCACUUAGUGUUUCUGCACCUCCAUUUUUACCUGAAAGAAGCGCUACUCCUCCCGCAGUACCACAUGAGGAUGCACUUAAGUAUCGGCCUCCGAGCGCAGGACCUUGGGGACCUUGGCUUUGUCAACCACAAAUAGGCGGAGACGACACGCCAUCCACUGAACACGAACAGGGUUCAAGUAAACAAGCUCCAGUAAGAGAAUAUCGCUGUGAAUACUGUGGUAAACAAUUCGGCAUGUCAUGGAAUCUCAAGACUCAUCUAAGAGUUCAUACAGGCGAAAAACCAUUUGCAUGUAGACUAUGUGUUGCAAUGUUUAAACAAAAGGCCCAUUUGUUGAAACAUUUGUGUUCAGUACAUCGGAAUGUCAUAUCGUCAAGCGAAAAUGACGGACGAACAAAUACUCCUGGACGGUUUAACUGCUGUUUCUGUCAGCUAACAUUUGAGGCGAUGCCAGAACUAAUAAGGCAUCUCUCCGGACCACACAACAGUUUACUACUCAGUAAAAAUUUACAUGAUUGA